AAAACCAAAUUCAAAAACCCGCCCGUUAGCAAAACCCCCAAAUCUUCCCUCCCCAAAACUAGGGUUUCUGCAUUCAAAGACUGCACCAACAAACGCCAAAACUCAGCGUUUCAGUCUCCACCCAAGCUCUCUACGAUGGACACAGCCUCAGAGAGCUACCAAAAAAUGCUCCACGAGUCAAUCCAACGCUUUUUUGCCGAGUAUGAAAAAGGGGUCAGCGAUUUCUCAGCUUUCAGCUCGAUUUUCUUCCGAUUAAUGCAAGCAUCGCCCGAUCCACCACUCGAAACGGUUUGGUUUUACUCUGCUCUGAACUUUCAUAGCAGUAAUUUCACAAUUCAAGACCCAAUUUUGGUUUACAGAGAACUGUUUCAGUUGAUAGUGACUUGUUCUGCUCUAUGUAAUAGUGGGCUGAAGAGAAUUGCUUUACUCGCGCCGGUAAUUUACGAAUUGUACCGUCUGGUGUCCGAGAAAAGGGGCUUUUGGUUGAAUAGUGAUGUUGAGUUUUUGGUAGAAGGGAUUGUUAGCUAUCUUAGCAUAUGUUGUUGUAAAAAUUCGGACCCUGAAGUGGGUUCUGUCCAUUUGGGCCCUGGUUUUCUGGAUGUGGUUCGUGUUUGGACAGUUGGUAGGUUAGAGGGAAAUCGUACAUUUGGUGAUGAUUUGAGCGUGUUUUUUCCUCUUGUUAGUGAUGAAGUUUGUCAAGGGGUUGGUGUGGGAUGCGGGGUUGGCUACUUAGCUGGGAUUGUGAUGAGUGAGGCUUUUAUAACGAGGUUGUGCUUGAAGUUCGAUUCAGGGGCUUCAAGAGCAGAGUUGGAGAAAGAUAUGCGAAAUUUGGCAGUUGAGAUGAUAAGUGGUUUUCGGAAUUGUUACUUUUUUGAUACCCUUCUAAGGAUGUUGCUGGAGCCGGUUUUGCCUGUUACAUCUCUAUUGAGUGCUGAAGAUGAAGUUCUUUUACGAAAAGUCCUGUAUGAUGCUGUGAUAAUGGAAAAGUAUACUUUCCUCAAUCCUCAAAUUGGGAUUCAGCUCUUUGGUAACCAGUUAAAAAAUAUUGUUGUUACAUGGUUGUUUGUUGCUGACAAUGCCAUACUCUAUGUUAGGGAAAAUGGUGAUCAGGCCAAAGCUAUUUCCUAUAUAAAUGCCUUCUCUGAAUCUCAAUUACCAUCUCAAUUAAUUAAGUGGGUAGCUACUCAGAGUGGCAUGGGAGAGGAAAUGGGUAGACCAAAAUUUUCAACUCCUAUAGCUUUUAUGAAAUGGCUGCUGAUUGCUGAAGAUCAAGGGAUAAGAGUAUUUGAUCAUAACAUCUCCAAGCUCCAUGCCAAAGCAAUGAUGUACAAGUCAAGAGUAGAGUAUGAGCUCCCAGUAUGUAAGUUAGAUGGCAAGACUCGGGAUAAUAAUGUCUUCUUUUACACUGAUAAUGAGGGGAGUGGGGAAGAGAAAAUUGAUGGUGAUCAAGAGAUGAUAGAUUCUUUGAAUGCUGCAAUGUUGGCUGCUGCCUGCACAGUGAAUUUGACAACUGAUGGGAGAAGAAAGCGCAAAGGGAUAAUUGAUGAAGGGAAAACACAAUUUAAGUUUGGUAAGUAUCAUCUUCUUGAAAAUUCGUUUGGAGAUAAUCAUUUGCCCUUUGGUGAUGAUGGUGGUUCGAGUAGCGGGAGUGAGGUGGAAAAUCCAGUUUCUGAUGAAGAUAUGGAGAUUAUGGAGCAAUAAGUGCUGGUCGACACAGUUUUGUGGGCAUGAAAACAUUUACUGAUUCCAUUUUCUGAUGCACUCUCUUCUGUACCAGUGGAGUGUUGAGAACUAGAAAGAUCUAUUGUGAAUACAACCAGUUUCCCAUCUCUUACACUAUUCUCUAUCAAACACUUUCAAAACGGUUUAGGAAAUUGAAGCAGAUAAUCCAUCCCACAGUUGGGCGAUGUCUACUUCAAUGCUUUGAAGGAUGCAGAUGCAAUACUGAUCUCAUUCUGCUAGCCUGCUCGGUUUUGUUAAUUCGACAGUUUCUUUCAAUGCGUCCUCUGAAUUGGUUCAAUUCUCAAGCCUGCUCUGCUUCAGGGUUUAAGCUGGCUCAGGUACUUUUCCCCUCUGUAUCAGAUAUUUGUUUGACAAAUGAUCAGGCAGAUUUUGGCUUUGAUUCUGUUGAAGUGUGUUUGCUCAUUGUACUUCAAUUCUCUAGUGGAAUCUAAUCUAAUGCACACAGAAUAUGGCUGAAAAUAUUUAGAAUGAUCAAACACAAACGGGGCUUGUUUGGUUGGCAGCAGGAUUAUUUUCUUUUGGUGGACUUCAGUGUUUUAAUACAUAUUAUUUGUUUAAGGUAAGUCUUAUUUUCAAA